UACAUCCAAAUAAGGUAAUAUUUUGUCAUAUACAAUAAGCCAUGUUGAGUUCUACAACAAUACUUUGUGCACUCUUUUUCUUCCUUUUCAUCAUCUUCAAAAUCCACCGCCAUAGACAAAAAUGUUGCAAAUACCCCAUUUUAAAAGAUUAUCCUUUUUUAGGCAUGUUACCAACACUCUUUUGUAACUUGUGGAAUUUUCAUGAUUUCCUAUCUGAGAAAUUGAAAAUGCACCAUAGGGGCACUGCUGAGUUCAUGGGACCAUGGUUUACCAACAUGAACUAUUUGGUUACUAGUGAUCCCAUCAAUGUUCAUCACAUGCUUAGCAAGUGUUUUGACAAUUAUGUCAAAGGUCACGAGUUUCGUGAUAUUUUUGAAGCUUUUGGAAAUGGGAUAUUUAUCUCAGAUUCAGAUACAUGGAAAUAUAACAGGUCUCUUUUUCUCUCAGUUUUUAAACAAAGAGGCUUUCAACUUUUUCAAGAGAAAGUCAUUCAAAACAAGUUGGAGACAAGUUUGAUUCCUUUGUUGGACCAUUUACAACAACAAGGGUCAGUGGUGGAUUUGCAAGAUGUAUUCAACCGUUUCACAUUCGACAACAUUUGUUCUGUAAUUCUUGGAUGUGAUCCUAAUUGUCUUUCCAUUGAAUUCCCCGAUGUUGCUUGUGAGAAGGCUUUUGAACAAAUAGAAAAAUGCAUAUUCUAUAGGCAUGUUAUGCCAAGAAGUUUUUGGAUGUUACAAAAACUACUUCAAGUUGGUGAAGAGAAAAAGAUGACAAAAGCAUGCAAAGAAUUUGAUCAAUUUAUAUAUGCUAAUAUAGAGUCCAAAAGAGAGGAGCUAAGAAAAGGUAUAGUACAAAAUGUUGAAAUGGUUGAUGUGUUAACAACUUUCAUGAGUGCUGAAAAGAGUUCGCAAGUAAUAGCACAUGAUGAUAAGUUUCUUAGAGAUGCUGCUUCCAAUCUCUUUAUAGCAGGAAGAGAUACAAUAACUUCAGCACUAACAUGGCUCUUUUAUCUUAUUGCUACACAUCCUUUAGUCGAAGCCAAAAUUCUUCAAGAGAUUAAAGAAAAUUUUGGGACUAUUAAUAUUGAAAACAAGUUAGGGGUUGAUGACGUGAAAAAGCUAGUUUAUCUUCAUGCUGCUAUAUGUGAAACUGUAAGGCUUUUUCCUCCUGUACCCUUUGAGAGAAAGAAAGCAGUCAAAGAUGAUAUACUUCCAAGUGGACACGUUGUUAAUCGUAAUGCCAUCAUACUAUUUUCUUUGUAUUCAAUGGGGAGAGUUGAAGAGACAUGGGGAAAAGAUUGCUUGGAGUUUAAGCCAGAGAGAUGGAUAUCUGAGAGAGGGGGCAUUGUUCAUGAACCAUCUUACAAGUUCAUUAGUUUUAAUGCUGGACCUAGGACUUGCUUAGGAAAAGACUUGGCAUUCAUUCAAAUUAAGAUGGUAGCAAUUGCUAUUUUGUGCAACUAUCAUAUUCAAGUAGUAAAAGGUGAUAUUCCUACCCCAAAUCUUUCCAUUGUUCUUCUUAUGAAAAAUGGUUUGAAGGUUAGGAUAAAAAAAAGAGAAAUUUGAUGGAGAUUUCCGCAUGCCAUAUUUAGAGAUAAAAAUAAGAUUGAUUUUGUCAUCUGAAAAAAAUAGCGGCGCAAUUUAU